UCUGAGAUCGAUUACAUUAUACUGAAGCAGGGCCCGGCCCCUAACGAAACAGUUCCACAAGACUCGUGAAGUGACAGAUUUUCUUAUUUUACCAUUGAUAAGGCCUAUUUUCUAUCUAUUCGAACACAAUGGCAGACGACGAAUUGGAGGCUAUCAGGCGGCAACGCAUGGCCGAACUGCAGUCAAAACAUGGGGACUCUUCAAAUGACCAGCAAGGGCAGCAGGAGGCCAAACAGAAGGAAACAGAGAUGAGGAACUCCAUACUGGCCCAGGUUCUAGACCAGUCCGCCCGCGCCAGAUUGAGUAACUUGGCUCUGGUGAAGCCAGAGAAGGCCAAAGCAGUGGAGAAUUACCUCAUACAGAUGGCCCGCAUGGGCCAGCUGGGAGGAAAGAUUUCAGAGACUGGUUUGAUCGACAUCCUAGAAAAAGUUAGUCAGCAAACAGAAAAAAAGACAACUGUCAAGUUCAAUCGACGAAAGGUGAUGGACUCUGAUGAGGAUGAUGAUUGAUGCGUUGAAAGGAGCUCAGGAACCAGUCAGACGGCUGGCUUAGGGCGGGAUUCAGGACUGGAUAGGUUGGAGCAGGGCUCUGUUCGUUUGACUUGCCAAAGGCCCUGCCUUAGUGAUGCACCCAGGGGUAUCACAUCAGCCCCUGUGUGCAUCUGGAACUCAUUACUAUAUUCUCUCUUAUAUCCAUUUUCACCACGUUUUACUUUUUCUCUACCACAAGAAGCAGAACAAAAUUCAACUUAGGGUAUAUUGCUGCUGAUGCAUUUUUCUAGAGACUGCUUUGUGAAUAUUUUCUGCUGCUACUCAGUAAAUAGUGAAAACAUCCAAUUGGACAGAGCUCAUGGGUAUAUUCAUUCUUUUUUGUAAAAUUUUGCUGACCUGUAUCCAACAGUUUUUACAUUUAAAAAAUAAAAAAAGCCUUACAUUUGAA